AUGAUAGUAAAGAACAAACUAGUAACAAAAAGAGCUAAGAGGGGUUAUAAAGCAACGACGGCAAGCAAUUGGGUGAAAGUCAAACCCCUGCGCGCAAAGAGCGCUGCGCAGAUCAAAACCCGCCGAGCACCUAACGCGGACUGCAACGGGCGGUGA